AUGCCGCCUUUCCCAGGUGAAGAAACACUGGCUACAGUGUACGCCGAUCUACAUUCUUACUUCACAGCUCCCAGCCCUCGGCCUGCUCUCCAUCGCUUCGAUAAAGCGUCCUACUUCUAUGUCUACUACAACUCCACCAGGCAGACCAGUCGUGUCGAAGCCGCGAUCUAUGCGGGAACACCUGACCAGACCGCCUUCAACGGCUUUCUAGACAACGUCAAGGUGAUACACUCCCACAAAUUCCCGACCAGAGUGACGCUGCUCGUCGAUGGCGACACCACCUCGAACACUUCACCCACUUCUCCCCGUACAGCGAGAGAUCCGGACGAAUGGCGUCUUGCCAGUUCAGAUCCACGAGAUCCGGGCACCUCGAAAUACAAAAUACACACCGUCGACAUCUAUUUCUGGAACAAUGACGACUCGAAAUUGGUCCUGGACAUCUUCAAGAGACUGCUCCAUCCCAAUCAGCUGGACAUUGAGGAGGUCCAAGAAGAGCUGCCCCACCAUGACAUGGUGAGCCCGGUGGUUCAAAACCUGGAGAAUGUGGCUAUAUCCGAUCCGGCAUACAAAGAUUGGCAGUAUGAUCACGCCUCGGGACCUCAUAAGCCCGUCCAGUCACCAUCCCCAGCUGCCGUGACUAGCCGAUCGUCCGCUCCCGGUCAAGCAACGUCAAUCUCGCCUGCUUCAGCCGCUGCGAGUGCGGGAGGGAGAUCAUCCGCCAAACAAGCACCAGUGACAGACUAUACGCCUUUAGCUUAUAAUCCAGCAGCGCCCGCGGCACCAGAACCGAUUGCACAUAGAGAGGACACCCCCCCUCCAGUCGACGCCGCCGACGGGACAGGCCUGACUGCGGCCGCCAAGCAUGACAACCCAUACGCCCCUCCGCCGCACCCACAAGCGUUCGGGGGUCCGCCAUCGGGGGUUCCUGGCGCGUAUGCGCAUUAUGGCUCUCCGCCACCGCCGCCGCCGCCCUCAUUUGGGCCUCAUGCGACCACAUCACCCGCGCCGUCCUUCGGACCUCAGGCUGCAGCGACUGUGCCACCGUCCUUUGGCACUCAAGCCUCGUCGACGUCACUGCAGACUUCUCCCCCAACAUCUGUGUCUACAAACUUCGCACCACCCCCAACAAGUGCAGGCUCCGACGGUAGCCGCCAUCCGUCAAUAGCUGCCCAGACAUAUGUACCCCACGGGCAGGAUCCGAACUCUCACAUCUUUGGACAGCCGCCAGUGCAGACCCCUGGCACACAAUUCUACCAAUCAAUCAAUGACCAACCGCAUAAACCACUGCAACAUGUACAACCACAGUAUCCGGACUAUCUGGCCGCCGGGCAACCCCCAGCUCCAGCCGCGCCUCCGCUGGGGGGAUACUCUACGUACAACUAUGGCCAAGCACAACCACCCCAGCCUGCUACAGGUGGCUACGAUGUACACAACCAGGUCUACCGACCCACUGAAACGGAACAUCAGACCCACCACCACAGCAGACCUUCGAAGAGUUCAGGUUCGCAGCACAAGCCCACGCACACGGAGAAGAUCGAGAAGGGCAUUGGCAAGUGGAUCAAGAAAGUUGAGAAGAACUUUGCAUGA